AUGGCCAGCAGCUCCGACCCGGGCUCCGAUGCCGGGCCCGCAGUGCAGCGCUACAUCGCGGAGACGCUGACCCCCGUCACCACGGAGCUGCUGAGCUCUCUUCUCGACGAGAUGCCCGAGGCCGGAAGUGCCUGCGUCCCGGAGAGCUUCAUGCUGGCCUGGCUCCGCGGCCGCUCUGGGGUGCCGGGCGCCGGCGCCCAGUCGCUGCGCCGCAAGAAUGCGGCCCUGAAGGAGGAGCUCGCGAUGCUGCGGGGCCGGCUGGCCGCGGAGAGUGCUGCAGCUGCUGCGGAGGUGAAGCACCAUAGCCUGAGCUUCAAGAAGCAGCUGGCAGAUUUGCUGAUGACCGCCGAGAUCCCCUUGGUCGACCCGCCGGCAAACGACCCGGCGAAGGAGCGGAUCUCCACGGACGCCCAGAUCUGCAGCAUCCUUCGGGGCCUUCAAGGCAGCAACGUCACCACGGAGGAGCUUCAGGCCCACUUGCAAGGAGCCCUUGCCGACAGUGCGCUGAGCCUCCAGACCCUGGCGCGCUGCUUGGGCCCAAGCCCGGCCUGCGAGGCGAAGGAGGUUGAGGAGGCGCUGGUGCCGGACAAGUACGACCUCGAGGACAAGAUGCAGCUGGCGCAGUUCCUGGAGAAGGCGAACAUCCGCCUGGUGCGCGUCGAGUUCCUGCAAAAACUCCACCGCGAAGGCCGGCGCCUCCCGCGGCGCCAGGAGGCCGAGUACGCCUACGCUGGGAGCCGCACCGCGCUGGUCACGCACGAGGAGGUCCUGGGCUGGGCGAGGGGAGAGCAGACUGAGAUCGGGAGGAUCGUGUCCGUUUCACACGUUUGGGAGGCGCGCGAGCAUCCUGACCCCUACGGCUUCCAGUUGCAAAAGCUUGCGACGUCAGGGAAGCUGCGGGGGCAGGAUUGCUUGUUCGUGGACUACGUCUCACUUUUCCAGUUUAAGAGGCUCGACGAAACGCAGGAAGAGAGCUUCAGGCGCGCCAUGCAGAACAUGCACGUUCUUUAUGCGCAUGAGCACACUCAUACGUUGCGCGUCGAGAGCCUCACCCCCGAGGGGCGAAUUAAGGAUGCAUGGUGUCACGGAGAGCUCGUUGAGGUCUACGACCUCCGCAGCGGUCACGUCAAGCCGGUGUUGGCGGCUGACCUAAUUCAAAACCGCACUGCGUACCACCAGCGGGGGUGGUGUGUUGCCGAACUCCAGUGGUCCUCCACGCGAUCCGAGAGCAACCGGUCGCAAGAGGUGGACAGCUCCGAGUCGGACCAGGCGGGCGUCGCUCCGAUGGACCCCGACACCUUCCGAGCCACCGUAGGGGACACUCUUAUAUUCACCCAUCGGAGCGACGCCGACGCGGUGAUGCAAUUGCAGAGGCGCGUGUUCGAAGAGAAGGCGGCGAGCUGCAAAGCGCUCAAGCUUUCAAAUCUCAGCGCCGAUGCCUUAGCCGUAGGGCUGACGUCUCUGGACCGGUACCCGCAGCUGGAGAGUUUGGCCAUCCUGCACAGCGUCCUCACACCCAACCUUCCGCAGCUGCUGCAGGUCCUGGAGGCGAAGGCGCUGGCGACGCUCCAGCUGGACCACGUCGGCCUCCUUGAGGAAGGCGCCCGCCAGCUCGCGGAGGCCUUUUGCCUCUGCUCGACGCUCACCACGCUCACGCUGAGCAACGACGGUGCUUGGGGCGUGGCUUGGGAGGCGCUCACGCAGAACACGACGCUGACACGACUGAGCCUUCAGGGGACUGCGAUCACGGAGGGCGGCGCCUCUGUGCUGCUGAAGGCACUGCAGUCGAACACGACGCUGGCUCGGAUGGAUCUCUCCGAGGCCGACGUCGGCGUGGCCGCGCUGGCAAUAGCAAGGGCGAUGCAGGAGAAGCAGGUGGCCUGCGACGUGUCCCACCCCCACGUGGAGCUCCUGAGGCUAAUGCAGUCCUGGGGCGAGAGCUGGGAGCACCUGGAGCAACGGCUGCAUCAGCUACUGCGAGCACACGAGCUGGAGCUGGACUUCCAGGGCAAGCGGAUGGGCCCAGACAAAGCCCGUGUCCUGGGCGGUGCUCUCGGCCAGCAGCUUCAGGAGCUGAGCCUGAAACUAGAAAGCAACGCGCUCCGCGACGCAGGCUGCCAGCACCUCGCCGGCGGCCUGGGCAAGAUACCCCGUCUGCAGAAGCUGAGCCUCAACUUGUGCAACAACUCCGUCGGCCUGGAGGGAGGCCGCUGGCUGGGCGGCGCCGUCGGCCAACUCCCGGAGCUCCAGGAGCUGACCCUGAACUUUGCCCACAACAACCUCGGCGACACAGGCUGCCAGCACCUCGCCGACGGCUUGGACAAGAUACCCCGUCUGCAGAAGCUGAGCCUCGACUUGGGCAACAACUCCGUCGGCGUGGAGGGAGGCCGCUGCCUGGGCGGCGCCGUCGGCGAACUCCCGGAGCUCCAGGAGCUGACCCUGAACUUUCGCAACAACAAGCUCGGCGACACAGGCUGCCAGCACCUCGCUGGCGGCUUGGACAAGAUACCCCGUCUGCAGAAGCUGAGCCUCGACUUGCGCAACAACUCCGUCGGCGUGGAGGGGGGCCGCUGGCUGGGCGCCGUCGGCCAACUCGCGGAGCUCCAGGAGCUGACCCUGAACUUUUUCGGCAACAAGCUCGGUCCGAAAGGCGGCCAGUGCCUGUCCGGCGCCCUCUCCCAACUGGCUCACCUGGAGUCCCUGAUAUUGUGGCUGCAAUACAACGACGUCGGCCCCGAGGCCGGCCGAUCCCUCGCCGCCGCCUUGGGCCAGCUCGCCCGGCUGAGCACACUGAAAGUGUUUCUGGAUGGCAACGGGCUGGGUCCGGAAGCUGCCCGCGCGGUGGCCGGCGCCCUCGGCCGGCUCGCGCAGCUCCGGGAGCUAUACGUGGACCUUUUCAACAACGACCUCGGCAGAGAGGAAGAGACGGAGAUCCGCGGGCUCCUGGAGGCGCUCCCGGCCACCGAGAAGAGGAUCAUUUUUUGA